AUGCAAAAAUUAAUUAAUUAUGUACGAAAUUGUAAUGAAUUCACAUUUGAUACUGAAGGUGAAAAAUCAACCAAACAAUUAGCAUUAAUUCAAAUUCAAGCAAUACCUCAACAAUUACCAUUUUUUGUUAUAUUAGUAGAACUUGCACAUUUACCACCAAUUCAUUCAUUAAUUCAUUUGCAAAUUAAACAAUUAUUUGAAUUAAUUUUUACAUUUAGAAACGACAUAUUAUUGGGAACCAUUACCCUGUCAAAUGGUCGUAAUAUUAUUAUUAAUGAUAUUAAUUCUGAGGGACAAAUGAAUUUAUUAUCAAAAUGUACUUGUCAUAAAUCAAGUCCUUAUCGUCCUAAUGAACCAUGGGCAUUACAACAAGCUUUAAUUUAUACAUAUGGAAUGUUUAUUGACAAGUCAAUUACUGUUAAUGAAUGGACAAUGGAAUUAGAUCCAAUGUACUCAACCUUGUCAACAUCAAAAAGAAAUAAAAUGAUACAUUACGCUAUAUAUGAUUGUUUUACAGCAACAUGUUUACUUCGACCUGUUACAUUAUAUUGGACAUUUCAACAGGUAACAAAGAUUAAUAUUCUUGAUUCAUUUCAGGCACUACUAUCAUCAACACAAGCUAAUAACAACCCAACAAAUACAAAUAUUAAACAACAAAUAAUUAAGAAUAUUAAUGAUGAUAUUGAAUUAAUUCCCGAUGAUGAUGAUGAAAUAACAGUUAAUCAAUCAAUAUCAGAUGAUGAUAAUGAACCAAAUUCAGCAUUGCCACCAAACGAUAAUGAUUUACGUGUCAACAACCAUGAUAUGGUUGAUCAUCUCAGUGAUUAUGAACAGCAACAACAAUCUUUAACCAAGAAACGUCAAUUAAAUAGUCGAACACGAUCAGCUGAAGCUCGAAAACGACGAAAUCGAAAAAGAAAUGUUUAUUUCCGAAUGCAACGUUAUAGAUAUUUUAUCAUUCGUCCAUUCUACUGUAGAUUUACAAUGAAACUAGUUCGACAUAUUCUUGCUGAAUACAGUAUUUAUUAUACUCAUGUCAAACCGGUUGAUGAUUUAUUACUUAUUGGUGUAAAAGACAAAAUAAUUGAACCACGAAAUGAUCGAAGAUUACCCGGUGAUAUAUUUGAUCGACGUUAUUAUUAUUUGUUUCGUCGUCGAGCUCAAUAUUUAUCAAGAAGAUCAAAUGAUAUACAAGAGUAA